UCUUCAAUGAAGAUCUAAAAACACAUGUAACUGAAAAGGAAAAAGAAACAGAAAAUAUAUUAGCUUGUGUUUUUUUAUUGGACAACAGUUGCUAGGAAGUGUUACUAGAAUGAGAAAGGAACAAAGAACGGGGGUUAGAAAGUGGCAAAGUGCCAUGUUUGUAACUUACAUGCUAAUCUAUGUUAUUAAUUACUAACAUUCCCGUUUUGUGAAUAACAUCUAUUGAGGUUAUUAAUUCUGAAACGGAUGCUGUAAAUGUUUGGCCACUAUAAAUGAAGAAAAAAACCCAACAGUCCAAAACUCGAGAGAGGCAAACAAUGGCUACCCUAAUUGCUCCUAAGCAAUUUUCUCCAGUUGAAGAUGCAGAGAACAUCAAGAAGGCUUGUCAAGGAUGGGGAACAGAUGAGAGGGCUAUAAUUUCCAUACUAGGACACAGAAAUGCAACUCAGAGGAAGCUCAUAAGGAUGGCUUAUGAAGAAAUUUAUCAAGAGGAUCUUAUCAAGCAACUUAAAUCUGAACUUUCAGGGGACUUCGAGAGAGCUAUAUGCCACUGGACUCUGGACCCUGCUGAUCGGGAUGCUGUCUUAACUAACUCGGCGCUGCAGAAGGCGGAACCCGAUUACCGGGUAAUUAUUGAAACUGCAUGCAUCAGAUCCCCAGAAGAGCUCUUGGCAGUAAGGCGCGCUUAUCGGUAUCGAUACAAGCACUCUCUUGAAGAAGAUGUGGCCUCUCACACUACUGGUUACAUUAGGAAACUUCUUGUUGCAGUAGUAAGCGCCUACAGGUAUGAUGAGGAUGAGUAUGAUACAGAAAUAGCACAUUCAGAAGCAUAUAUUCUGUAUCAGAAAAUCCAAGAAAAGGCUUUUAACCAUGAAGAGCUUAUCAGAAUUCUUAGUACAAGAAGCAAGGCACAGCUCAAGGCAACUUUCAACCACUACAGGGAUAUUCAUGGCACAUCCAUUACCAAGGGUCUGUUGGGUGACCCAGUUGAUGACUAUUUAGCUGCAUUGAGGACAACUAUCCGAUGUAUCAAAGACCCUCAAAAGUACUAUGCAAAGGUCUUGCGCAAUGCAAUCAAUACAGUGGGAACCGAUGAGGAUGCUCUCAGCCGUGUGAUCAUCACUCGUGCAGAAAAGGAUUUGAAGGAUGUAAAGGAGCUCUACUUUAAGAGGAACAACAUUGCUUUGGAUGAUGCCAUUGCUAGGGACACAUCAGGAGACUUCAAGGCUUUUCUUCUUGCCAUAUUGGGGAAAGAUGAGCUUUAGGCUAUUUAACCAAUUCAAGACGCGAAUCAGAA